UAGCCAGGAACAGGGACUGAAUCGCUCAUUACUGACAUCCUCUGAAACAUUUCAAGACAGUCUGUCUGAUAACAAACUUUCCAGAGACGCUCACUAAUUACAACCUGUGGCAUAUUCAUUUUGGGAUUUUGCUACCAACAUUCCCUAAGACUGGGACUAUUCUUUAAGGUUCUGGUUGGAUACACGGACUAAUUAUCUAUCCCAAGUAAAUAUUUAUACAUUUCUUUCCCAUCAAAGUUAAGGAAUUACAGACAACAUGCCGAAAACACAGUAUGUUACCGUAACAGCAAUGAUACUAUCCGCCGUGCUGGUACUUGGAGAAGAGAGCGAAUCCUCAUUUAAACCGCUAUCUAACAAAAUGCAAUCAUUUACGGGAAGUGUAAUGGACACUGUAAACACUACAAGCCUCAAUUCAUCAAAUGAAAGUAUAUCAAACCUUGAAAGUCAAGGUUUCCGCAAUGGAAGACUCAAAACCCCGCCAAAGUGUAAUAGACAAAUUGAGAUCCGUGACACCUUUAAAUACAUCAACACAGUGAUCUCCUGCUUGAUAUUCACUGUGGGUAUCAUCGGCAACUCAACUCUGUUGAGGAUAAUCUACAAAAAUAAGCGGAUGAGAAAUGGCCCCAACAUAUUAAUUGCCAGCCUGGCACUGGGUGACCUGCUCCAUAUCAUUGUUGACAUUCCUAUCCAUACAUACAAGCUUUUAGCUCAAGACUGGCCCUUUGGAGUUGAAAUAUGCAAACUAGUACCAUUUCUACAAAAAUCAUCAGUGGGAAUUACAGUACUAAGCUUAUGUGCACUUAGUAUUGACAGGUACCGGGCUGUGGCUUCUUGGAGUCAUAUUAAAGGGCUUGGUUUUUCAAAAUGGACGGCAUUGGAAAUUGUUUUAAUCUGGGUUUUAUCAGUUGUGCUAGCCAUCCCGGAAGCGAUUGGUUUCGGCACGGUAACAAUCAACCCCACACAACAGAUUCAAGCAUGCUUGCUGCUUCCUGUACAAACAACAUCCUUUAUGAUGUUUUAUCAGAAAUACAAGCAUCUGUGGCUCUUUAUCUUCUAUUUUUGUUUGCCAUUGGUUGUGACGGCAGUUUUCUACACAUUGAUGACACUGGAGUUACUUCGGAAAAAAAGUGGAAUGACAAUUGCUUUAACAGACAACUUAAGACAGAGGCGUGAAGUCGCUAAAACAGUAUUCUGUCUUGUGCUUGUAUUUGCUGUUUGCUGGCUUCCUCUACAUUUAAGCCGGAUUAUAAAAUUUACCUUUUAUGAUGAACAAGAUCCCAAUCGUUGUGAACUUCUAAGCUUUCUCCUCUCCUUGGACUACAUUGGACUAAACAUGUCUAAUCUGAAUUCCUGCAUCAACCCAAUAGCUCUUUAUUUAGUGAGCAAAAAAUUUAAAAAUUGUUUUAAGUCAUGUUUAUGCUGUUGGUGCCAACCUAAAGAUUUAUUGAGCUUGGAAGAUAACCAUUCCUGUACGAAAUUCAAAGGUCACGACCACGCAGGAUACGACAAUUUUCAUUCAAAUAUCAAAGACAGUUCUUCAUGAAGACACCUUUCACAUCAUGUAUAAUGUUACUUUAAGUAACCUGUAAUCAUUAUUUGUAAUCUAUAUUGGAUAGCAUUUAGCAAAAUGACAGAUAAACAAGGCUGAUAAUUUAAAGGCUUGGGUCCAAAACAAAAGGAACUCACAAGAACUCACAUUUCAAGUAAUGUGAGCCUGUACUUCCCAGUGAUCUUCAUUCCAUUUAUCCCUAGCAAUAUCUCAUGUCUAGCAAAAUAAUACUUAAUCAUACAGAACAAUGACUGGCGACCAACAAAAAAAUACUUAGUGAGAGUGAGGAUGAAAAUAAAUUGGGUAUCUGGAAAAUAUGGCCAAAAAGGUCAAAUUCAAAAUGCUGAAAACCACUAAAACUCACGACUACAAUUGUAGUAUAUUUUAUACUUUAAUAUUUUACAGUAAAUCCAACCACACAGUCAUGCUAAAACAAGGCAACAAACUGUGAAAAUAAGGCACAUUAGACUACAUAUAUUUUUAAAUACAUCUUUGCACAACUGUCACUGCAGAUAUCAUGCAGGUGGGCAUUACAACCUCAAAUUGGUGCUUCACAGUGUACCCACAAUGUUUGAAUGCAAACAGAUCAGUAAUCAGGAGGUAAAGCCCUUUCAUAUUGUUUUCUAUUUUAUCUAAUGAUCAAACACAUUGUGUAUUAUUGAUAUGCCUGGGAACUUCAUGGCUAUGCUCCCCAAAUGUCUCUGCACCUUCAUAUGGUAGUCAAGACAGAGCUGAUCCAAGCAAAGCAGGACUAAAAUGCAACAGUAUGAUCUAGAAGAAGAAAA